AUGUUUAAGAUCCCUGAAGAGGAAGAAUUGGAAGAUUCAACUGUAGAAAAAUCACUCAAUGCAGAUUCAUCUGCAGUAGUGCCAUUAGAACUUUCAAAUGUUUAUAACACAACAGAUAAUUGUGAGCAGAUUAAAGUUAUCAGCACUGCCACAAAUGCAACAUUUACUGCAGUGAACGAAGUUUUACUAGAAGACUUUGAAAAGAGGCAGAAAACGAUAAAAGAGCAAAAUCGUCAAAGGAAAGAACUUUUGAAGAAAGCCUUAGAAGACAGAACGAAGAAGACACACGAGGAGGCACGUCGUCUUAGUCAAAUAGAAGAUGAGUUGAAGAAACUUGACUUACAGUUGAGUAAUGAUGUGUCUGUCCUGCGGAACCAAAUCGAAGUGGCCAGUCUUGAGUUUUUGGAAGCACAGAAAAGGUUUGAUCGUGCUGAGAAAGAAUACUUAGAUGCGAAGCUGGCUCUGUUCACGAAAAAGGAGCGGAAGGAGCUGCUCACAGGACAUCUCUGUACAAUUAUCGAGCAGAAUGAGCUGCGCAAGGCUAAGAAACUAUCGGAUCUCAUGGAUAAACUGCAGUUGGGCUCUGUGGUCAUUGAAAAAUCCAUGGGGAAGCCAGUAAUUAAAACAGAUGGUGAUUGUAUAGAAAACAACAUCAGCGGUGCAGUUCCAUCAGAGUCCCAAUGUCAUCGCGCCAGCAUGGAGCGGACCAUCGAGCAAUGCUAUGCUGUGAAAUGUUGCUUUAAACUGGGGAAAUCCGAGACCGAGACCAAUGAACUCUUUAAACAGGCUUAUGGGGAUGAUGCCUUAAGCCGCAAAAGAGUUUUUGAGUGGCACAAAAUCUUUAAGAAAGACCAGUAG